AUGCUAGCUCGUUCAAUCUUGAGGCAACAGGCCUCCCGUCGUCUGGUUGGGAAAGUCGCCAAGAAUGCCUCCGGAUUUUCCACCUCAAUUGCUCGCCCUGCCGGCAUACUUCCUGCUUCUCAUGAUAAAGUAGGCCCCUCAUAUCUCUUUCUACGAGUUUAUCGAGUAGGAUUCAGCCUGAUUGUGUUGUCUCUAGCUCCUGAAAGCGAGCUUGAGUGAGACAGACCUGGAAAUCUCCGGAAUUCUUGCAAACGUGAGUCAUCCACAGCUUACCUCCGGCCAAUUGUGAACUGGCUAAAUACGAAGUUGUGCUGCAGGAGAAGAAUAGGCAGAGGGAUUUUGUGAACCUUAUCCCUUCGGAGAACUUCACUUCGCAAUCCGUCCUGGAUGCCCUGGGCUCGCCCAUGCAGAACAAAUAUUCUGAAGGGUACCCAGGAGCUAGAUAUUACGGAGGCAAUGAGUGGAUCGAUGCGGCGGAGACUUUGUGCCAAAAGAGAGCUUUGGCCGCCUUUGACCUUAAUCCGGAGGAAUGGGGCGUGAAUGUUCAAUGUUUGAACUGGUUCCUCAUCUGGUCUGGGAGCUUCGCUGACGGGUUGCAGCGCUUUCCGGAGCCCCGGCCAACUUGUACGCUUACUCGGCCAUCAUUCGUCCUCAUGAGAGGAUCAUGGGAUUGGAUCUUCCCCACGGCGGUCAUUUGUCUCAUGGAUACCAAAUUCCCGGAAAGAAGAUCUCUAAGAUUUCAGAGUACUUUGAAACUUUGCCUUACCGCCUCGACCCAAAAACUGGCUUGAUUGACUAUGACAGCAUGGAGAAGCUCGCUGAGCUCUAUCGGCCAAAGAUCAUUAUUGCUGGAGCCAGUGCAUAUUCCAGGAUCAUUGACUAUGCGCGCAUGAAGCAGAUUGCUGGGAAGUAUGAUGCUUAUUUACUCAGUGACAUGGCGCACAUCUCUGGCCUUGUUGCUGCUGGUGUUACCGAGAGCCCUUUUACCCAUAGUGAUAUCGUUACUACUACUACUCACAAGUCAUUGGCGGGUUGCUCCGUUCUUGUCUAUCAAGGUUGGUAGGGAGGCUAACAUUUCACAGAGAGGACCCCGUGGCGCCAUGAUCUUCUUUCGCAAAGGUGUCCGGAAGACUGAUAAGAAAGGCAAAGAUAUUAUGUACGAGCUUGAGAACCCCAUAAACACCUCCGUUUUCCCUGGGCAUCAGGGUGGUCCUCACAACCAUACUAUCACUGCCCUUGCUGUCGCUCUGAAGCAGGCCAAAACCCAGGAGUUCAAGGAAUACCAACAGCAGGUUCUUAAGAACGCCAAGGCGCUUGCUAACAAGCUCUCCGCUCUCGGCUACGAGAUCGUUUCCGGAGGCACAGACAACCAUCUCGUCUUAGUCGACUUGAAACCGAAGGGCAUCGACGGAGCUAGGGUCGAGAGGGUUUUGGAACUCAUCAAUGUUGCCGCAAACAAGAACACUGUUCCCGGCGAUGUCUCUGCCCUCAAGCCCGGCGGACUCAGAUUGGGUUCUCCUGCAAUGACCACCCGCGGCUUCUCAGAGUCCGACUUCGAGAAGGUUGCUGGAAUUGUCGAUAGGGCUAUAAAUAUUUCCAAAGACUUUAACGCUACUGUUGGAGGCAAGAAGCUCAAGGACUACUUUGACAAGCUCAGCAGCGGACACGCCGUCCCCGAACUUGUCCAACUGAAGAAGGAAGUGGCGGAAUGGGCCGGGGAUUUCCCUCUGCCAUGGAGCAAUUAA